AUGAACGUGAGCUUCAUCCGGCUGACGGUUGUUGCCCCGGGCGACAGUCCGAACACCGACGGAAUCCACGUGGCCCGGUCCACGAUGGUCAACAUCGCCGAUUCCGUGAUCGCAACGGGAGACGACUGCGUGUCGAUGGGCGACGAUCUCACACAAGUCUACAUCCACAAUGUAACUUGCGGGCCGGGCCACGGCAUCAGCAUUGGAAGCCUUGGAAGGAACCUCAAUGAGAGGAACAUUUCUGGCAUAUACGUCAAGAAUUGCAGCUUCAUCCAAACUCAGAAUGGUGUGAGGAUCAAGACAUGGCCAUCUGCCCCAGCCGCCAUCAUAUUGCCUAACCUUCACUUCGAAAAUUUGAUCAUGCAAAAUGCUAGUAAUCCUAUUAUCAUCGAUCAACAAUACUGCCCUUGGAAUUUGUGCAAUUUAACUGUUACUUGCGAUUAA